AUGUGCGAAGAAAUCGAACUUCAUCGAUACGACGACACGCCUUGGGGAUUUCGACUGACAGGAGGCCAUGAUUUCGGGAUUCCUCUUACUGUCGUUCGGGUAACUGGAGGCAGUUUGGCCGAGGAAGCUGACAUGAAUGUUGGAGAUAUGAUUAUUGAAAUUAAUGGAGAUAACACAGCACAGAUAACUCAUAGCGAAGCUCAGCAAUGUAUUUUAGAAGCUGGCAAUAGCAUUACUCUUUCGAUUUUAAGAGGAAGUCCUGUACCAGCAGUUACACCGACCAGAGGACUACACACACCUUCAGUCAUUGAUCGUGCAACAUCUUCUAUUGGAAGUUUAACUGAAUAUGAGCAUAGAGAUAAUGUAGUAUCAGUUGUAUCAGAAUCAUAUGAGAGUGGUCAUGAGAUGACUGAGGAAGAAAUAGCUGAAAAAUUAUUAGAAAGUGCUGAAGUUAUUGAAAAUAAUGGGAAAAAUGUCAUAGGUGUCAAUUUUAAACGUUUUGUGCCUAAAUGUGAUUUUAUUAAAAAUUCACUGGUAUUUCAAACAUUACAAGAAGAACAAAUUUUUGACCAAAAAUCAGAGCAAGAGCAAUUAAAAAGGUGUCCGACAAAAAGAUUUUCAACAUUUUUAACACCACCAAAUAGGCCAAAAAUCAGACCGCCUGAAAAAAAAAAACAUGAAGAAGUAAAACAACCUGAGGUAAAUGAAUCUGAAAAUCAGCUAGUCGAGGAAAAUAAAUCAGAUUCUUGCGAACAAGUAUGUACCAACUGUAAAUGUAAAUUAAGUGAUAUAGAAGAUUGUAUUGUAUCUACGGAUACAGUAACAGAAAUAGAAAAUCACGAUGUUGAUCAUAAUGUAGACAAUUUUGAAGAGAAUUUGGGAAAUCUAAUUGACAUUGAAAUUGAAGGAGAUGAAGAGCCAAGUGGGAUUGACCAUGAAAAAAAAGAAAAUAUUAAAACAAAUGAGGACUUAAUUGAAAAAAAUGAAGAAAUGCAUGAACCAAAAAUUGUUGAAGUGAACAAAGAGCCUGAGAAUACGUUUGAAAAGAGUAUAUUAAAUAUUCAAAAUCAAUUGUCAGCUAUUCGAGAAUUACCGCUACAGAUACAAAAUCAUAUUUCAUUGUUGGAAAAACAACUUUCAGAUAUACUCUCACACAAAAUUCAAUCAUCUGAAACAUCUGAAAGUAAUGAAACUAAAAACAAUGAUGACGAAGAAGAACAAAAAGAAAGUUUGAUUGACCAGGAAAAUGUUGAUGACGGGUCACUUGAGACAUUAUAUGAUGAUGAUGAAGUGUUUGAAACAGUCAUUGAUGAAACAUUUGAAGAUGUACAAGAAUUGGAAUCUAAUGGAAUAUCAGAAGACAAUUUUGAUGAAGAAGCCGAAGAUAGAGAACCUAGUGGUAGGCCAAUGUACCCCCUUACACCAUUGCCAAGACCUAUCGUAUUACCCGGUGGUCGUAAAUGGAGAUGCCCCAAAGAUGCUUACAAUGAGAAAUUUAUUGCUGAAACAUUGAUAUCACAAGCGGAAGUUUUAGUUGGUUCUACAUUGGGGGUAAAUUUUAGAAAGUACGAGCCACCAAAAUUUGACUUGUCUAAUUCAGCGGUAUACAAAUUAGUACAUAAUAUUGAGAAAAAAAAUACUGGGGGUAUUGAAAAUAGGCCUGAAGUAGUUGCAGCCGAAGAAGAUUUCUACUACCACAAACCAAUUGACGCAAGACAAUUCUACUUAGCUACACUCCCACAACCAAGAACAGUUCCGGAUUUCGAAUCAGAUAAUCAAUAUGGACAUUAG